UGUAUCCUCUUUACACUAGAUUGAUGUCUGGAAGAUUCAUUUUUGCAAACUCGAGGGCCUGCAGUUUUGCUUGUUUGUUUUGUUUUGCUUUUAAAAACAAGCUUAGGUUCUAUAGAAACGGGUGUUGCCCUUGAUUCUGUCAUUGCCUCAGUGGAUUUUUGAUGGCUCACGGUCAUCCUUCUGUCAGAAAAUGAGGAGUCAACUGUUCAUUUUAUUUCAAAAUUGGAGCUUGCCGUCAUGGGGACAGAUGUUCUCGAUUGCACAAUAAACCAACAUUUAGCCAGACCAUCUUGAUUCAAAACAUCUAUCGUAAUCCCCAAAACAGUGCACAGACGGCUGACGGCUCACACUACCAUUGCCCUCUUGAACAUUUACCGUAACCCUCAAAACUCUUCCCAGUCUGCUGACGGUUUGCGCUGUGCUGUGAGCGAUGUUGAAAUGCAGGAACAUUAUGAUGAAUUCUUUGAGGAGGUCUUCACGGAAAUGGAAGAAAAGUAUGGUGAAGUUGAGGAGAUGAACGUUUGUGAUAACCUUGGAGAUCAUCUAGUUGGAAAUGUAUAUGUAAAGUUUCGUCGUGAAGAAGAUGCAGAAAAGGCUGUGAUUGAUCUGAACAAUCGCUGGUUUAAUGGUCAGCCAAUUCAUGCUGAGCUUUCACCUGUGACUGACUUCAGAGAAGCUUGUUGCCGUCAGUAUGAAAUGGGAGAGUGUACGCGAGGAGGUUUCUGUAACUUUAUGCAUUUGAAGCCCAUUUCCCGAGAAUUGCGACGUGAAUUAUAUGGACGUCGUCGUAAGAAGCAUAGAUCCAGGUCAAGGUCCCGUGAACGUCGUUCUAGAUCCAGAGAUCGUGGUCGUGGAGGUGGUGGUGGAGGAGGAGGAGGCGGUGGUGGCGGAGGAGGAGGAGGAGGAGGACGGGAACGUGAUAGGAGGCGGUCGAGAGAUCGUGAAAGAUCUGGUCGAUUCUGAGCCAUGCCAUUUUUACUAUUGUGUCUGGUAGAAAGUGUUGUAGUCAAUUGACCAAACAAGUUCCUAAUGAGAUUUUUUUAAAAAAAGAUGGGCUUCUGAAUAAAAAUUUGUAGUGAUACAGUA